AUGCUUACCAUCAAUGUUACAAAGAGCGUUUGCUUCUCACUCACGAAAGCGCCCGCCGGCACUCCCAGUGCUAGAAGGAGUGACUUUUCUCUCAAAUCGAGGAUUCACAAUACCAUCUGGUGCAUCUGGGGGUUCAAUAUGUACGUCGUCAGACUGUCACUAUUUCUCCUUCUUGGCUUUCUCCGCUUUCUUCUUUCGUUCCGUUCAAGGUCCUGUUGCUUUCCAUUCCCACUUCCCCCCCUUACUGGCUCUUCUCUUCCAUCUUUCGUUCCACCUCCCCCUUCUCGCUGCUUUGACGACCUUUUAAUGACGUCUUGUUUGAAGCACAAAUUCGUUGUUAUCCUUCUCAAUUCCGUCUUCGCCCGGCUCCAAUAUGUUCUUAGAUCCACCCUGUGUACCUCUAUCACCAUACCACUUUUUGUCAUUAUCAUUGUAUCACCUCUUUUCUCUGCCAUCAUAUCAUUCCUAAAAGCCGUACGUGCACUUGCAUACACUUUUUCCGAUUCGUGUUCCCUACUUCUCCUAGGUGUCAUGGAUAUCACUUGGCAAAACUUCCAGGCCUUAAGAUCGGCAAUAGACGUCCACAGUUCUGAUAUAUUCACGCUAUCGACAACAUCAUCCAUAUCAUCUAAUAGCAACAUUUCUACGAAUAUGGACCGUACACGGCGCAAAUCACCAACUCCAAGCUUAUCACUCCACUGUUGGUCAUAUAGACAUCUAUAUACAGCUGUGAAAGAUGUUAAUAUUCACUGGAAGUUUAAUACAGGCGAGACAAAGGAUGAGAAGGGCGAUGUUUAA